AUGAACCGAAAUUUUAUUUUUGCAUUCAUUUUAUUGGCUACGCUUUCAAUGGUCUAUGCUCAACGAUAUAAAAGAAGAGAUGAUAUUCCAUCGAUAUGUUCUCCAGAUGAAGUCCCAUUAAAGUUAGCAUUUUCGCCUAGUCCUAUGAAUGCCGGAUCUUCUGUUGAAUUUACUGUUGUCGGAGAAUUAGCAACAGAAGUCCCAACAGGUUCCGUCAUUAAUGGUGCAUUUUACAACAACGAUCAUACUUUCAUAGAUACCUUUGGUGUGGAUUUUUGUGCUGCUAGUCAAGGAAUUAAUUGUCCAAUUCCAGCUGGAGUCGAAUUUCGUACGGUAUUUAACAUUACAGCAUCAAAAGAUUUACCUUCAUUAUUU